GAGAAAUCAGCAACGUGCCAUAGAUUCACUGCAGUCCACCCUUGAUUCUGAAGCCCGGAGCAGAAAUGAGGCCAUCCGGCUCAAGAAGAAGAUGGAAGGGGACCUCAAUGAGAUGGAAAUCCAGCUCAGCCAUGCUAACAGGCAUGCUGCAGAAGCAACAAAGUCAGCACGUGCCUUGCAGACACAAAUAAAGGAGCUUCAGGUGCAGCUGGAUGACUCAGGACAUGUGAAUGAAGAUCUGAAGGAGCAGCUGGCAGUGUCUGACAGGAGGAACAAUCUUCUCCAGUCAGAGCUGGAUGAGCUGAGGGCCUUGCUGGACCAGACUGAACGGGCGCGGAAGCUGGCGGAACAUGAACUGCUGGAAGCCACUGAGCGUGUGAACCUGCUUCACACUCAGAACACAAGCCUGAUCAAUCAAAAGAAGAAGCUAGAGGGUGACAUUUCCCAGAUGCAGAAUGAAGUGGAGGAAUCGAUCCAGGAGUGCCGGAAUGCAGAGGAAAAAGCCAAAAAAGCAAUCACAGAUGCAGCAAUGAUGGCUGAGGAGCUUAAGAAGGAGCAGGAUACAAGUGCUCACUUAGAGAGAAUGAAGAAGAACAUGGAGCAAACCAUUAAAGACCUCCAGAAGCGACUGGAUGAAGCAGAACAAAUAGCCCUGAAAGGUGGCAAGAAGCAGAUCCAGAAACUGGAAUCCAGGGUUCGUGAGCUGGAGAAUGAACUCGAGACUGAACUCCGUCGCAAUUCGGAUGCCCAAAAAGGAGCCCGCAAGUUUGAGAGGCGCAUAAAAGAGCUGACUUACCAGUCAGAAGAAGAUAAGAAGAAUUUGGCCAGGAUGCAAGAUCUGAUUGACAAGCUGCAAUUAAAAGUGAAAAGCUACAAGCACCAAGCAGAGGAAGCUGAAGCUCAAGCCAACCUGUACCUUUCGAAGUACAGAAAACAGCAACAUGAUCUGGAUGAUGCUGAAGAAAGGGCUGAAAUAGCCGAAUCUCAAGUUAAUAAGCUGAGGAGCAAGUCAAGAGAUAUUGGCAUGAAGAAGGUUCAUGAAGAGGAGUAAGUACAGUCCAAGCUGACACCUAUGAGAAGAUGCUUGAUACAAUCAGGCACAACUGACAACCGAUGUAGAAAAAAUAAGCACUUCCGGAAAUAAACCUCAAGUAAAAAU